GCGCAUGCGCAAACUACCUGAAAGGACGCGAGAAAGAGAAACGAGCUAAUUCCGGGAUUUUCUCGUGACACCCCAACCAUAACAAGUUAAAAAUAAAUAGAGACUAUACACUUAAAAAAAAUAAGGAACGUAAUCCGGAGGGGGACAUUUUUACGUGCCGGACACAUUCGCAGGCUGCGUGUCUUCCGCAAGCGCCACAAAGCCAUGCCUGUUGACACCAGACGAAUACGUGGUCCAGAGGUUUCCCUAAGUCCGUCUCUGUUCGCGUGCAAGCCGGCGCCAGGCUUGCCAACGCACGGUCCCAGAGCGGACGGCCGGCAACGGGACCAAGUGGACGUCCGGCCCGUUUUCGUCAGGUGCGGGCUGGUGAGCCAGGCCAAGGGCUCUGCGUACAUGGAGGCCGGAGGUACCAAGUUGAUGUGCUGCGUUUAUGGUCCCAGAGAAACGGAUCGUAAAGAUGAAACCGAUAUGAAGUGUGGAAGGUUGACGACAGACAUGCGGUUUGCUCCAUUCUCGUACCAAGAAAGAGGCGCCUGGAUUCAAGGGAGUCAGGACAAGGACUUCUCCUUGAUGCUGCACGAAAGUCUGCAGCCCGCUUUGUGCCUUCACAAAUACCCCCGCUCACAGAUCGAGGUCAACGUGAUGGUUCUCGAAAACAGCGGCUCAGUUCUGGCACACGCCGUCACCUGCGCGUCCCUCGCUCUCGCAGACGCAGGUAUUGAAAUGUACGACCUGGUCCUCGGCUGUGCCGUCCGACAGGAUGGGGCUUCUUAUGUGCUCGACCCGACGUAUGCGGAGGAAAAUGGCAGCGGCUCAGCGAGUGGCGACAAUCAGGGUCGACUCACGCUCGCGUUCCUCCCCAGCUUGAAUCAGAUUUCUGGGCUGCAGUCUGACGGGGAAAUGACUGAAGAGGCUUUGUCUGCUGGGGUGCGCACGUGUAUUGAGGGCUGCUAUAAGAUAUAUCCAGUCAUCCAACAAGCUCUGGCGAAGGCAGUUCGGAGGGCAGCCCCCCCACCAUCAGAGAGCUGACAGAGUUAGUUGUUUUCUGGGUCAAUAUCACGAGAAAGAGCCUUUGGAGUCCUCAUCACACUCACUCAGUAAUGAUGGAAAUAAAGCUGAAUCGUGAAGCUGUGCGCUCAUCUUUUUCUUUCGGCUUGUCCCGUGAGGGGUCGCCACAGCGUGUCAUCUUUUUCCAUCUCAGCCUAUCUCGUGCAUCCACUCUGAACACCCACUGUCCUCAUGUCCUCCCUCACAACAUCCAUCAACCUUUUCUUUGGUCUUCCUCUGAUGGAGAGUGUAAACUAAACAUUUGUGCACACACCUGUACAAUAAGUCUCUGAAAAUGUGUGUUGAAUUCAUUUUAUUCCUGGUUGGAUGCACGUGUUUGGUAGGUCCCACCCACUGCUACAGUGUGUCGAAAAUGGUUAAAGCGAUAUAACAUCCAUCCGUAUUGUCCAUAUUAUUUCACAAAAGGAGUAAUUUACAGAUACUGAAUAAUUUGCAUGCAUCAUGCAAACUGAUCACCUUAUAGGCUAAAGGGAAUUAUUUUCAGAUAUUAGGGCAAGCAUUUCAUAUUUCAUAACUGGAGACUGGCUAUUUCCAGAAUUUUUCUUCACACUUUGUUGAUCUUGACAUGUCCACUCUGUCAUCAAGUGAAAUAUCACUUGUCAAAACCUUUUGGAUAAUCCCCAAAGCAUAUCUAUUUUUUCUUAUAUGAAUGCUAAAAUUAGCCCCCAUAUUUUGCUGUUUGAAUGCAGUUAGUAUCUGUUUUUUAAAAAAUUAUGAUGGACCAAUAUGCUUUUUUUUUAACAACACAAGGUCUCUUUAACACACUGAAUAUGGGGUUCAACGGAUAAGAUCAACUUUUUGGGGGGUGAAAUGAGAGUCUCAAAGGCACCGUAUGGUGAUAUUGACUGUUCUACAAUAUACUGUAAGCGUUAUAUGUGCAUUUAACUUUGAUCUGUGUGCUCAUUAAAGUUUUUUCUUCUUCAUUUUA